AUGAGCGGCGAUAAAUCUCGCCUGAAUGGCUCCAGUUCAAAUGGCGUCAAUGGUUCAGGAAGCAGUCAAAACAACACAAAGGAUUCAAAAGGCUCAAAAGACAAGGAUGGCGACGAUGAGAUGACAGUAGUUGUUCCGCCUUCCAAAGGAUCUAACAAACCCACCGCUCCUACUAAAGCAACCGAAGCCGAUGUUGCGAAUGGAGCCGACGAAGCCGAUGCCGCGAAUGCCAAAGAAAUUCCGGUUGAUCCCAAAGAGAAAGCAAUCACUGAUAUCAAGGCCAAUCUUCCGCUGCUUGAGCGAGCUGUCAGUCAAUUUGACCCUCGCUUCAGCCUGAGAGUUCUCCGGUCUAUACCUUCGGUGCGGAAGCAACUUACUGCAGACGUAUUGGCCUCUGUCAUCACCGAGACAUAUCCCAUUCCUACCGCGACAGCCAUUUCGCUUCUCAGCGCAGUAAAGGAUGACCCGUCAUUUCCCAGGGAUAAGGUCGGGGAUUGGCAUAGCAAGAAGGACGCUCCUCCAACCAAGACUGCUCAGAAAGACGUUUUACCCGAGGUUGAUGUUUACCUGUCUAUUCUUGUUCAGGUCCAUCUCUACGACAAGAAGUCAAUCAAUGCCGGGUCUCAAUUUUCGGGCGCCCUUGUCGAGCACCUUCGCACGCUGAACAGAAGAACUCUUGAUUCACUAUCUGCACGCGUGUACUUCUAUUAUGCCCUUUUCUUCGAGGAAUCGGCGCCUCUACCACCAUCUCCAUCAGCAGCGGUUAUCUCAAUCCGAAAAAAUCUCUUAGAUGCACUGAGGACAGCUACUUUGCGCAAAGACCAAGACAUUCAGGCUGCAGUCACUACCUUACUCCUGCGGAAUUACCUCCUCACGUCACACAUCACACAGGCCGACUUGUUGAUCUCCCAUACUAAAUUCCCAACUGCUGCUGCAAACAAUCAAUAUGCACGAUACCUGUACUAUCUGGGACGUAUCCGCGCCAUUCAAUUGAGGUAUACUGAGGCUCAUGAGCACCUCACGGGUGCCAGUCGCAAGUCCCCAACAUCAUACAAGGCCAGCGGAUUCUAUCAAGCAUCAACCAAACUGCUCAUCGUGGUUGAGUUGUUGAUGGGAGACAUCCCAGAUCGCGCCGUUUUCCGUCAACCCAGCCUAGAGAAAUCCCUGCAGCCAUACCUCCAAUUGGUCCUGGCCGUCAGCUCUGGUGAUGUCAGCGGCUUUCAAAAUCUGGUUCAAAAGUACAACUCGACUUUCCGGAAGGAUGAUACAUACACAUUGAUUCUAAGACUCCGACAGAAUGUUAUCAGAACAGGUAUUCGCAUGAUGUCGCUAUCCUAUGCCAGAAUAUCACUGCGUGAUAUGUGUUUACGUCUCGGACUGGACAGCGAGGAGUCCGCGGAAUAUAUUGUGGCCAAGGCAAUCAGAGAUGGGGUUAUCGAAGCAAGCCUUGACCACGAGCGAGGCUAUAUGAAGAGCAAGGAAGUUGGCGAUGUGUAUGCCACAAGAGAACCAGGUGAUGUCUUCCACGAACGCAUUCAAGCCUGUUUGGCUCUACACGAUGAAAGUGUCAAGGCUAUGCGAUUUCCCAUGAACCAGCACCGAUUGGAACUCAAGAACGCCCAAGAGGCUCGUGAGCGGGAGCGUGAGUUGGCAAAGGAAAUCGUGGAAGGUGAACUGGAUGAGGAUGAUGGCCCAGGUGGUGACUUUGACGGGUUGUGA